GUGCAGAACAUGUCCCAGUCCAUCGAGGUACUGAACCUUCGCACGCAGAGGGACUUUCAGUACAUUAUGAAGAUGGAGAGUCAAAUCAAAGGUCUGAGGUCAAAGUUCAGGCAGAUCGAGACCGAGAAGAAGACGCCUGUCAACAGGAACUUUCAGGAGCUUAAGGGUAAGAUGGAGUCUCUGCAGCCUCUGAUCCCGGUGCUGGAGCAGUACAAGACGGACACUAAACUCAUCGCUCAGUUUAAAGAGGAGAUCAGGAACCUUUCUGGGGUCCUGAUGGGGAUCCAGGAGGAGAUGGGCGCCUACGACUAUGAGGAGCUGCAGCAGAGAGUUCUGAGUCUGGAGAACCGACUGCGCAACUGUAUGAGUAAACUCACGUGUGGUAAACUGAUGAAGAUCACGGGGCCGCUCACAGUGAAGACGUCUGGGACUCGAUUCGGGGCCUGGAUGACAGAUCCUCUCGCCUCACCCAAAAACAACAGAGUGUGGUACAUGGACAGCUACACCAACAACAAAAUCGUCAGAGAGUUCAAAUCCAUUUCCGAUUUCGUGGCCAGCGUCGAGUCUCGAACCUACAUCCUCCCGUUCAAAUGGGCCGGGACCAACCACGUGGUGUACAACGGCUCCCUCUACUACAACAAAAUGCAAAGUAACAUUUUAGUGCGCUACAGCUUCGAAACCGGGCGGGUAGUUACGCAGAGAGCGCUGGAAUCCGCCGGGUUCCACAACGUCUAUCCUUACACGUGGGGUGGGUUUACCGAUAUCGACCUAAUGGCGGAUGAGAUCGGAUUAUGGGUAGUUUACGCGACCAAUCAGAACGCAGGAAAUAUCGUCAUCAGUCAAAUCAACCCGGACACGCUCCAGAUCCUUCAAACCUGGAAUACCGAAUACUCCAAAAGGAACGCGGGUGAAUCCUUUAUGAUUUGCGGGACACUGUACAUAACGAAUUCGCAUCUUACCGGCGCAAAAGUUUACUACGCUUAUUCAACUGAAACUUCCACGUACGAGUACACGGACAUACCAUUCCAUAAUCAGUAUCUCCACAUGUCGAUGUUGGACUAUAACGCAAGAGACAGGGCGCUGUACGGCUGGAACAACGGACACCAAAUUCUCUUCAACGUCACGCUUUUUCACAUCAUAAAGACUGAAGACGAUUCCUAA